UAUGAGUGCGAAUUGGAUAUGGUAUGUGGAAGAGGUGAGGAUUGGGGAUGUUUUGGAAAGAUUGAGUGGAAAAAGGCGGGGAGACGAGCGAGAAACAUCUGCAAAAGAUUUUCUGACUCGUGGAAACCUAGUUAAAGCUUCAUUGUAUGAAAUAUUCUCUUGAGACAUAACCAAUUUGAUGCAUUUUUGUCUGGAAUGUUCAGGGCAGGAUGAAUCAAUAGCUUUAUGAUUACCAGAGCAAAACAAACAGGUAGGUAUAGGGGAUACACUAUUACAUUCGCUACCAGAGUGAGGUUUCCCACAAAUGAAACAACGUGCUUUUGAGCAGCAUUGAGUAGCCACAUGGCCAAAUCUACAGCAAUUAUUACAUUGUAUGGUUGGUAAGAUAUAAGUUUGGACUGGGAGGGAAGUGUAUAAACAGUAAAACCUGUCUGGGAGUUUUUUUCCUAUAAAUGUGAGAACAGCUGUAGGAGUCGGGACCAGAUAGGGGUAUUAUUUUCAGUCGACUUUUUGUUGAGCCACCUGGCUCUGAUAACUUGACCAAAGCCUUCAGGGACUUCGAUGGAAGGGUCUUAAUCUUCAAGUGCCCAUUCUACUGGUACAUCUCUCACAAUACCCAUGCGGGUCACAUUAUACGAUGGGAUAAUGGCAUUGUAUUUAGCUGCGACAAGAGCUGGGUUUACUCAUAAAAGAGGUUUAGGCUAAGCGCCAUCUGCGCUCGGACACCUCAAGCCCGGUGAAUCUGUAAAUGCCUCUUCAAGGCAAACUGUGACAACACAGUCACAAAAAAAAAAGAGCUGGGUGGUCAAGAAAAGAAUUUGCGGCAAGUGCAGUUUUAAAUUCGACCGAAACUCUGUUCGGCCGAUGCGUUUAAGUCACCUCCUUGAUUUCAUUGUGGUGUAAAAAGUGACCAAACUUAAUUGGACGAAUAGUUUUGACUAAACUAUUAGCUGCGAAAACACAUAGCAACCAACCACAGCCGCAACAACAAAAUUCAACUAUGCUAGUGAAGUUUGAUCCUGACGAUAGGGAAUCUGACAUUGAAGGUUGGUGUAGAAUUACCGACAUCAUAGUGACUAACCGAAACCUGUGCGGAACUGAGUUAUUACUGGCCUUAAUCAACGCAUUGAAGGGACGCGCGGCAUCUUGCCUGACCAGGUUGAAAAGCUCAGAAAUAGAAUGGCCACGCGUCAAGGAAUUGCUGCUCGCACGAUUCGGAAAACCCAUGCUCAUGCAAGACUAUUUUGACAACGUAAUAAAAUUCGAAAUCGGAUCCCAAGAGACCGCCUCCGAAGCGGCUAUGCGUAUGUGGAGUUUGGUGGAACGUAUACCGAAAGUGGAAAUGAUGAAAGAGGUUAUCACUGGUUUCGUUAUAUCAGUACUCAGCCAAAAGAGCUCGUUAAUACGUAGAGAGCUUAACUCAUACACCAUCGCAACGAGAGCUCAACUGUACCGUGCACUUAGUGGAAUGUCGCUAAAAAGACGCCACGGGGAAAACGAAGAACAACCUCCCAACGUAAAGAAAUCGCGUACAACUGAUGAUUCAAAAUUUAGCGGAACCUGUCACUACUGCGGACACCGUGGACACAAAUUCGAAGAAUGUCGCAAGCGUCGAGACAGUGUUACGGUAACAAGGAUAGUGGAUCGAGAUAAAUCAGUGACAUGUUUCGCAUGUCAAAAACCGGGACAUAUCAGCACGGCUUGCCCCAACAUCAAAACAGAUAAAGAAUACGUAGUUAAGAAGGGUGUGAAUGUCUGCGAACGGAAGCUGGCGAAAGGUACGAUGGCCACAUCAACCAGUAAGUCCUUUCUAUUUCUAUUCGACAGUUGUUCGGCAUGUUCAUUAAUAAAAAAAUAACCUAGCUGCUCAACUUCCGGGUACUGUUCGCAACAGUACCAUUUUCUUGACAGAUAUAGGUGGCAAAGACGUAAUAUGUUCAACUCAAAUCAGCGGUCUUGUUCACAUUCAUGAUAUCCCACUUCUGAUAAAGUCUUUCGACUAUCAUCAGACAUUUUGGGGUCUAUUCUAAUAUCUUCGAGUAGGCGUAGUGUAUGGGUAGUUUAAUGAAGCGAUAGUUUUAAUAAUCAGGAUGCUUAUAAUCGGUAGUACUACAAAUUACACUUUACUUUAACACUGAUAUAUAGUUACGAAACAAUUUCUAACUAAUUG